UCCGCCAUAGACAAUCAACAAACUGAAAAUGAAAAUGUCCGUCGUAAAAGAUACGUUCUAAUUUACUUUGUGAAUGUGUAAUUAAUUAUCGUAGCUUGCGAUGUGAAAUAUUUUAUAGUAUUUACAAUCCUAGAAGUGCUAAAUAGUUUCAAGAUGAUUGUUCAAGAACCCAUACAGGUUAUCGUUUGGGAUUGUCUCAAUAAUUAUGAGUUCGACAAUGCUAUAUUUUUGGCUGAGAGAUUACAUGCUGAAGUGGCAUCAGAGGAAACAUCAUUCUUGUUGGGAACAUGCUACUAUAGAGCUGGACGUGUGAAUGAGGCCCAUCAUUUGCUACAAAACACAUCAUUGUCAUUACCACAAUCUAGGUUUUUGCUAGCCAAAUGUUCAAUAGACUUAAAAUCGUACAAAGAUGCUGAAGUUGCAUUAGGAACAAAUCUAGACAUUGUCGCUUCAGAAUUCGGUGACCAAGCACCAUAUGCUCUGCAGCUUCUAGCUAAGGUAUACAACAUCACAGAACGGCGGAGUAAAGCAGCUGAAGCGCACCGGAAAGCACUAUCACUCAAUCCAUUCAUGUGGAAAUCAUUCGCCCAACUAUGUAACAUGGGUGAAAAAGUUGAUACAAAUCAAGUGUUUCAAUUAAGUAACACUGAAUUCACAUUUGGUGUAUCAACAUUAGUGAAUCUAGUCAGCAACUCUGAAAAUAUUUCAUUCGUCAACACUAACAUUCCUAAUAAUAAUUCUAAUUUGAAUGCCAAUGUCACACCAAAUAAUGUGGCUCCUAGGACGCCAAUGACUAUGUCAUCAAGUAUUACUCCAGAGACUCAAGCACCUGUAAAACGAAUGCAUAGCGUUUUCAGUGGUAUGGCGCCCAUACCAUUCUCUCCCUCAUUUGGCAUGUUGCCAAUGGAAGAAUCUCCUGUAUUAUAUACGCCAACACUUACCGAUUCUAAUGAGCAAAAAGCUAUACCGAAGAUAGUUAAUUCAUUACGAGCACAAAUGGGCCAACUCAAAGACGCAGUAUUCAGUCCUGCUCCUAGGUGUACUCUUGGACCAGCUCCUCGCCGGUCGUCCAGGCUGUUUAGUAAUAAUAAUAGCAGUUACUCGGUAAAGGAGAACAACAAAUCACCCAGCAGAAAGUUUGUGGCUCCCAAAAGCCCAUCUAGAAAAAAUAAACAAAGGACUGCCAAAAACAUGAAAACAAAUUCAGUUGACUCAAACGAUAGGAAUAAAAGCAUGGAUGUCACUCCUACACUUACGCCAAAGAAUUCCAAUGGUGUAGCGUUAUUGAAUGUAUUGAAGGAAUUAGGUGACGCAUAUAAAGCACUUGCUUUUCUUGAUUGUAAAAGUGCUAUCAAAUUGUUCCAAGACGCGACGCCUAAACAGUUGGCUUCGCCGUGGGUGCAGACGAUGAUCGCGCGCGCUCAUUACGAACUAGCGCAGUAUGAAGCAGCUGCAAAAAUAUUCUCUGAAAUACGGAAACAAUACCCAUGUCGCACAGAGGGAAUGGACAUUUACAGUACCUGUUUAUGGCACUUACAGCGAGAGGCACAACUUUCAGCUUUAGCUCAAGAAUUAGUAGAAUUGAAUAGAACUGACCCCAUUGCUUGGUUAGCAGCUGGCAAUUGUUUUUCGCUUCACAAAGAACGCGAAACGGCGCUCAAAUUCUUCAAGAGAGCUGUUCAGAUCGAUGGGGACGCGGCGUAUGCGCAUGCGUUGUUGGGACACGAGUAUGCAGUAGCUGAAGAGACUGAUAAAGCUUUGGCGAGCUUCCGGACUGCGGUCAGCAUUGAUCCUCGGAAUUACGUGGCCUGGUUCGGUAUAGCCACGGUUUAUGCGCGGCAGGAGCGCUGGAAACAAUCUGAAGUGCACAUACGUCGUGCGCUUAGCAUACACCCGCAUUCUGGAGUAUUGAGGUGUCAGCUUGGUUUGGCGCAAGCCGCUCUGGACAAAACCGACCGUGCUCUGGCUACCCUCGAACGAGCCGUCGCAUUAGACACAGAGAAUCCACUGUGCCGAUUCCAUCGAGCAUCGGUCCUUCUACGGGCGGGCAGGCCACAGGAUGCAUUAGCUGAUCUUCAUUAUUUGAAAGACAUCGCUCCAAGAGAAUCAUUAGUUUAUUAUUUACUUGGCAAAGUUCACAAUAAAUUAGGCAAUACACACUUAGCUUUGAUGCACUUCAGUUGGGCCACAGACUUGGACCCCAAGGGCACGGGUGGACACAUCAAAGAAGGUUUCGACCCCUCGAAGCAAGAGGACCCUUCGGAAAGAUCAUCGUAAUGUUGCUGACGAAUUUUAAAGGAUUGUAAGCGCGCCUGCAGUGUGCCGGCGGUGUAGUCAUGGUUGACUGAUCCCUUGUAAAUAUCGCGCUCACCUAUCGAACUCUCGAUUGACACCAAAUUCUUCCAAAUAGAUAGCUUUAUGGAGUCCGAUGGGUGUGUGGUGGCAUUUAGUCGCUGUAGUAGUAAGGGCGUUGUGGAAAUGUUUAUAUAGAGUAAGAUGUGGAUAUUCCUAAUAUUAUCCUAGUUUAUUAUAUAUCUUGUAUAGCUAAUAACUUCUAGAAUGGUAAAUAGGGAUUUUUAAAGAGAAGCUUUGAAAAUCUAAGACGCAGGGCCUUGAUCUCAUUGGGAAGUUCUGAAUUGAAUAUUCAAUAUUAUAAAUCAUUGACGUUAAAAGUAUUGUAUGCCAUAGAAAUUCGUGAUAAAUGUCGUUCUACUAGGCUGGAUAUUUGGUUCGUAGUACAUACAGUUAUAUUUUUAUAUAAAGGGACUUUAGUGAUCUCCCGCAAAUCGGUAGGUACAUAAGCUCUCCACCGCUGGCGGUGUACCAAUGACAGCUUUAUUUUGUCAACAAUCAUGUAGUAUCCUAUUAUAUUUUAUAUUAAAGAUAAGAAUUUUAAGACACCUUCAAAUCAAUUUGCAUGUAGACAUAUUUUGAUUCUCAUAAAGAAAAGUGACGAAAAAAAAUAUUUUUCCGCUUUGAAUGUUGUAGAGACCCCAUAAAUAAUAAUCAGUAACUUCAGAUAUAAGUGAUCCAACACUGACAUUGUGUACAGUAUACAAGAAUGUUAGUUUUUAGUACUUGUGAAAUUACUUUCGUGUGUGUACAUAAAAAAAAUAACAAAAAAACUAAAUAGCACUGUUUGUCAUUUCACAUCACCAAUGAAUUGCUCGCUCUGCUGAGACUUAGACCACCUCUAAUUAAAUGUAUGAACUUAUUGAAUAAAACUGAAUAUGUA